AAUCGCUAAACGGGCUGAUUACUGUCCCUUUCCAACAAACAGAAGCACAACGCCUCGAGCAACGCUCCGCAGUUGUUCAACCAUCCUUCUCGGGUUACGAGCGCGAUCCCGCGUCCUGACGUGUGCUUAUUUCCGGCGCUGGACCAAGAAAGACCGUUGUUGAUCCCGACAGAAGAUCUCUGCCACUCUCAGACCGGCCGUUCAUGCAAGCUGAGGGCCCUGUUCAAGCAUGAACUCCCAGCGGCCGCUGGCUACUGAAGGCAGUAGCAGCAUCUCUAGCAUGUCUGUGAGCAGUCAUGGCGAAAGUCCCCUUCAGCCGUUAGGUCCACUUGCUGCUACUGAUCUGCAACGGACGAAGAAGAAGCCUGGACCAAAGCGUGAUAGCAAGCCUGCUCAAAAUGAAAAGCUGGAGAGGAAUCGCCAGGCACAGAGGACACACCGCGAGCGAAAGGAACAGUAUACGAAAGAUCUUGAGAUCGAAGUGAUGCGUCUAAAAGAGCUCUUCGCUCAGGCGACACGCGAACGAGAUGGUGCCAUUCAGACACGAGACGCAGCUCUGGUUGAGCGAGACCAACUCCUCGAAGAAAACCAGCGAAUGAGAGAGUACAUCCAGCCGUCGAAUUCCUCCAGCGGCAGAGACUCUGGUUAUGACAGUAUGUCCUGGACCUGCGACUCCGGAAGCAGUCACUCCGACACCUCUGGUCCGAAUCUGACUGCUAAUGCACCCCUCCAGGAGGUAGCAGAUUCGCAUAUCGCCCUCCGCCGAGCUAGCACGCGGGACAUGGCAGAGACACGAGGCUUCACUUUUGAUAUACCCCCAUCGGACUCUUAUACCAUCAAAGUGGAAGACACGAUGCAACGAGAUCAUUCCAAUUCAGCAAUAAUAGCCCAGCUUCCGACGGAGCUGCCAGCCCCUCCUCUCGAUUAUGAUGCACUCGGUCUCGAUUUCGUUCUCACACUCGAAAGACCCUGCAUGGGCCACAUCCAAUACUUGCACAUCCGAGCCCACAACAACAAUAACCCUCCUCCUCCUUCAUCAUCAUCGUUACCAUCAUCAUCAUCAUCAUCAACAACAACAACGAUCCCCCUCUCUCCCCACCUCCCCACCCCCACCCCUCCCGAGGACGUCCCCAACGACAACGAAAACCUCCACAUCUCCGGCCACGCCCUCAUGGCCACCGCACCCUCCUACACAUCCAUCAUGCAGCAUCAUCAGCAGCAGCAGCAUCCAGCAUCAAAAACAACAACACCACCACCUUAUACCCCCCAAUUCCCUCCUUUCACUCAGCGCAAAGAUUUAAUCCAUCUCCUCAAUCUCAGCGCGAAUUUACAAAUCUGCGAACAAGAAGUCCCGCCUGUUCGUGCUUGGGUGAAAUUAAUGCAAAAUCCACGUGUGCGGAAUUCGUUUGGAUGCGAGGAGUUGGAGGAGGUGAAGGAGUGGUUGGUUGGGAAGGUUUGUUGUUAUCGAUUCGGCGCUGUAGUCGAUCAGAACGAUAUCGAUGAGGCGGUCGCUCACGUUUGUCAAAAGCUCGAGGAGAAACGGGGUAGUAGUAAUACAAGAGGAGGAGGAACAAGUAAUAGUAUUAUUACUCAAACGUAA